AUGGAGAGGCGCGAAAAUGACCCCAGGCAGAGCUCGCUGCCAAGCAGUCUCAUCCCUCACUUGUUUACCGCUCCUCAGCAACCCCGCGACAGUUCAACCAGGACAACCCUCGCGCCAUCUAUCACCCCAUCGGUGGCAGCAGAAGAGGCACCAUUUGAUAUUGAGCAAACCUACAUGCAUGUCGUGUCACCCUCAUUUCCUAUGACGCCCCUUGUGCCACAUUCCGCCUUUGAAAGUAGACCGGGUUCCAGGACUUACUUUGCCUACGAAUCUGAACAUCACGAUCGACAACUCGCCUCCAGUUCCGUGAGCCUUGCAGAACUUUCCGAUCAAACACUUCAUCGACUCGAACCUUCCAUUCCUCCCGUUCAUGGCCAACGAUUCGCCAGCCCGAUCUACAGCGACCCAGUCUUCCAUGCAUCCCGUCCUACAAUUCCGUCGCGCACGCCAAGCUACACUUUCCCGCCACCCGCCACCCGAGAAAAUGUCCUACAGCGCACUUCAUGGAGAGAGGGUGAGGCGGGGCCCUCAUCCUUGCUGCCAGCUAUACGAACAGACCAACGAACAAGCAGAGGACGUCGAGGCUCAAGUCAACCUGCUCGUCUUGGGCCUCAGACGGAGAUGUUUGAGAGAGGAAGCAGUAGCUUCGAUCCCGACGUACCAUUCGGAGACAUGGCUAGACGGGAGAGUGAAAGAGAGGGUUAUCUGCUCUCAUCCGGCUCGCUUGGCCGAAGACUGUAUGGACCGUCGUCUUCCCACAGCUUUCAGGGUUUACUACCACCCUUGCUAGUUCCCAGCUCAGGGGACCUUUUUGGGCAGCAAAAUGUAUAUACAUACCCAUCCACUCCACUUAACAUUACAUCUUCUGGGUCUACAUCAUCAGGCAUGCGUGGUGGAAGUCCCGGAUUAGAGCCGAUGUAUCCAUCAGAAACCCGGUUUGAUCCACCGAGUGCGUUUCGCUCAACUGAAUACGGAAGUGACGAGGCGUCUCAGAAGGGGAAAAAACGAAGGGCGGGGAGGAGGGCAGAUUCGGUGGAAAUGGACGACGAUAGCAAACCACGCAAGUCUAGAAAUCCAAGAAAGACGGCUGUCGCGUGUAACUUCUGUCGAGGGCGAAAACUUCGCUGCAAUGGUGCAAAACCUUCGUGUUACAAUUGCACUGUAAGGAAAUUCGAAUGCGAGUAUGUACCAAUACAAAGGCGCCGGGGUCCUGGGAAGGCGCCCAGAGGAAGCCGGUCAAAGAAAGCGAGCACUUCUGGGAGAGUAUCAGAUGCUAGCUUGAGCACCAAUGCUGCAGAUCGACGUCCAAGUCCACUAGCGCCCGCCGACUAUCCUCCUGACAUACUUGUACCAGAACUCCGGCCGUACACAUCUGGGAUGUCUCUUGAUAAGUUCUCUUUCCAACCGCCUGAUUCAUCUCCACCCUAUCCGUCUGCGCCGAUUCCGGGGCGGAUGAGGGAAAUGGGGCCGCACGCACAGACACCCCGAAGUCGGGAAACAAGCUCAGAAGAUGGGUCGGACGCUGAGGAGUUUUAUCGCAAGAUGGGAUAA